CAUCACACAACUUCAGGCAUCAUCUUGGUCUUACUAUACAAGGCUGACAGAAAAGCCGUGCAUUCAGUUAUGAAUAUGCUCAUCACCGCAAGAAGCCUAGACUCGUGAAACCGUUCGGAUGCGGGAACAAAACAACAGUCCGUUCCGGUCUGACAUCCGUGUAUAAGAGCAACUCCAGUAGACCAAAUUCUAUCACCCCACCAGCUAUUCGCCAAAUACAACCUUACUUCCAACUCCAAACUUUUCUCGUCAUCCUUUAUAUUUAUCCUACUAGCCAACAUGCCCGGCCCCUUCAAAGUAGCAGUCUAUCUCUACCCCAACGCCGACCUGCUCGACUUCUCGGGCCCAGUAGAAAUCUACUCCUGCCGCCCCUUCGACGGACCCAGCCCCUUUUCCAUAACCUCCUUUGCGCACCACAACCCCAUCCAAACCGACGCCGGCGCCCUAGUAUACACGCCCAACGCCACAUUCGCAGAAAUCGAGCCCAAGAUCGAGGACUUCGACAUCCUCGUGAUCCCCGGCGCGGGAUUCGAUACUAUCCAGAAGCUAAUCGAGAGCGAGGAGGGCAAGCAGUUGGGUGCGUUGCUGCAGAAGUUCGCGGGUAGUGCGCCGAGGAAGGAGACGGGGAAGCGGAUUCUGCAGAGUGUGUGUUCCGGGUCGAUUCUCGUUGCUGCGGCGGGGCUUUUGGCGGGUCGGACGGCUACUACGCAUCAUCUUGGACUUGAGAUGCUGAAGCGGGUUGCUGAUGAUGCAGCGGCUGGUGGCCGGUCGAAUAUCAAUGUGGUGCGCAAGAGGUGGGUUGAUGCUGGGACUACGGAUGCCGGGGUGCGGAUUGUGAAUGCUGGGGGUGUGAGUUCGGGCUUGGAUUCGUCGCUGUGGAUUGUAGAACAAGUGGCGGGGAAACAGGCCGCGGAUUGGGCGUCUGAGGUUGCGGAGUUUGAGAGGAGGGAUGCGGCGUGGGGGGUUGAAGUGUAGGGUUUCAAGGAUCAAAGAGAGCUAUGAUAUCUGCGUCUUACACGAGCAAAGACAUGAUUGAAAUCUUCUGUCAUCAAAGCUCCCGCUGAGUUUGGCUGCAUACGUAUUGUUUGCAGUCUUUAGUUUUACUAUUACUACAGGCUUGUUCCCUUCCAAAACAGACCUGGUACGUUGCAAGACUCCAUGUUCCCCUAUCAUAUCGUUGUUGAAGUGGAUGGCUACAUUUAGGCGUUAGUAUAGUCUGGGAAUUUGAUCUGGAGAGAGCGGAAGCGAAGUGGUGGAGAAUACAAUCACAGCGUCGCCUUCCUGGGGGGAGCUCACGAGGUUUUCAGAAAUGGCCAGGUCCCUAACUGGCCUACCUCCUGUAGUGUUUAGCAAUUAAGCACGAUAACAUCACAUUUACAAACACUCGACUAUUUUCAGACACAUAUCGAUAUACCAAAUAGUUCAAUUAUCU